UGCAACGCUGCACGUGACCCGCGCCCGUCCGUUCGCUGUUACGAAUUCAUUAAGUGCCGACGUUUUUUUUCCCUUCCGUUCCGUUUUCAUUAUUUUUCUCUUCGACCGUUUACCGGUUUCCGUAUUUCCGGUUCCGAGUUUUUUCGAACCGUCAAAGUGGCUCACCACCAUCACCACGACUUGCGGUCCGCCGCCACCGCGGCCGCGUACCAAGACGCCCGGCACAACGAUUAUUUGGGCUACUGCGACCCGGCCGCCGUCAACCUAUGGCGCAUGGUGGUACCCCGGGGAGGCCCGGCUCCCCCGGACACCGUGCCACCGCCGCCACCUCAUCAACCUCCACCGGCCGUCAACAUGGCCGUGGAACCACCUCACUGGGGCUACGGUCCUUGGAGUUCGAUGCCCGCGCCACCAGCCUCCCGACAUCAUCAAGGCGUCAAAAGACAUUUUAACGAGAGCGAUGAUUGCGACGACGCUUUUUCCGAGGAGUCCAGCAAAGAUCCGUGUUCUUCUCCCGGAGACGGUACAGACACGCCACACAUGCUGACCCGGAAGAAACGUCGGGGCAUAAUCGAAAAGAGACGUCGCGACCGCAUCAACACUAGUCUGUCGGAGCUCAGAAGACUCGUACCAACAGCUUAUGAAAAACAAGGUUCCGCAAAAUUGGAAAAGGCUGAAAUUUUACAACUCACAGUCGACCAUUUAAAAAUGAUUCACGCCAAAGGUCUAGAUACGUUGGCUUAUGACCCGUCCAAAUACGCGAUGGACUACCACAACAUUGGUUUCAGGGAAUGCGCGGCCGAAGUGGCCAGGUAUCUGGAGUCGGUGGAAGGCAUGAACGGCCGGGACCCGUUGCGCGAGCGGCUGUUGUCACACUUGCAGUACUUUGCGGCGCAACGCGAGUAUGCGGCCAAGUCACCAGCUACGGGGCAUCACAGCGGACCUCCACCGCCGCCGCCUGGAUGGUACGGUCAUCAUGGUGGGCCACCCGGACCGCCAACUCUGCUACCACCGACGACGACUACGUCGACCAUCCCGCUGUCGCAUCAUUACCCGUCGGCCACGUCACCGCACCAACAGCAGCAGCCCGUGCCGCCACCACCGCCGCCGCCAAGCCACAACAACAACAAUUAUGAGACGUCGGCAACGGCCGCGGACGGUAUCAAGUCUGCGGCAGACACGGACGCUACCGGCCUCACCGCCCUGUCAUCCGUCACGGCGGACUACCACCACCACCAUCAUCACGAACAACAGCAGCAGCAGCAGCACCACCAUCAUCACCGCGAACGCGACAACUAUCGGCACCAACACCAACACGGUAGCACCACCGGUGGCAACCAGUUGCACAAUUUACAACCGGUACAACCACCGCCGCCGCCGCCGCCGCCGUCCAGCUACCACGAAGCCAUGCAACAACAACACCAACAACAACAACAACAAUACCAAUCCGAUUCGUCGGUUUCCGCUCAGAUGAAGCCGUACAGGCCUUGGGGUGCCGAAGUGGCGUACUAAAUCAUUUCACCUUGUGAUCUAUAUUUAUCGCUCACUGUUUUCGAGUAAUUUGCGAUUGUGCAGAAUAUUAGUGAAAAUCGAAUUCUUUUGUUUUAUUUACCUCUUUUUCCGACAAAAAAUGUUCGGAUAUUUUUUAUUUACGACCUAAAUUACCUAAUUAUACUUGAAUGAUUAUAAUAGGUAAACAAAAAUGUAAGUUACAAUUAUUAUAAUGUACGAACUAUAAGAAAUAAGAACCGUAUUCUAGUCAAAGACCACCACCAACCAAAGCAAUUUUCCUUUUAUUUGUACUUAAAAUAUUAUUUUUAUAAUUACAUUAUUUUUACGUCCAUGAGAGACGAGAAUUAUAUUACUUAAAAGACUCGUUCUGACUCCGUGAAUUUUACUUUUACACAUUUAUAUGUGGUACAUAUAAAUUUAAUAUGUUAAAAGCGUGGUAGUGAGCGAGCGACUUUUAAAAUUUUAUUUUUUUUAUAAUUUAUAGUUUUUUAACACACGUUUUUUACACUUGAACGCUGUAUAAUAAAUACAUUCAUUGAACUAUAUUGUCAUAUAUAAUUCUUUGAGGCAAAUGAUUGAACCAUUUGUAUAUUAAAAAAAAAUGAUUGUU